AUGGAAUACCUCUCGACGCUGCAGUCGCCGGUGGACGACCUGAAGCCCUCACUGUUCGAGCUGCUCUCGGAGCAACAACUCUCCGCCCUGCUGCCGCCCACGAUCCGCUACCUGCUGGCCGUGCUCACGCACCGCUACCCGCGCUACCUGCUGCGCAUCCUGAACAACUACGACGAGGUGUACGCGCUGCUGUCGGUCGCAGUCGAGAAGUACUACCUGGAGCACUUUGGCGGCAGCUUCACCGAGAACUUCUACGGGCUCAAGCGCGAGAAGGUGCUCAGCCUGCGUGGCGGCGAGGUCAAGCGCACCCAGAUCGCCGUCCCCGCAGAGGUGCGUGAGCGCCUGAGGCUCCAGGGCCGCGAUAUCUGGGCCAAUCUCGCCGUUUUGGUCGGCGUGCCCUACCUUAAGAGGAAGCUGGACGAGAGUUAUGAUAUCCAUAUCGCCCCGUCGGCCGGGUUGUUGAUCAGUGGUGGCGGAGGAGGAGGAGGGCUGGGUGGAGUGGAAGGCAGGAGGUAUCUGGAUCGAGACGCCCUGCCACCGAACCCGACCAUCAAGCAAAGAAUCAUGUGGUAUUACAAGUGGUUUCUGCGACACGUCUACCCAAGCUUGAAUGCGGCCUACUACUUCAGCAUUUUGGCUUUUAGUCUGUGGUACCUGUUAGACGGGACCAAAUAUUCGAGCCCGUUCCCGUGGUUGGUUGCCACGAGGAUGCGGAGAAUGGGCGCCGCGGCUCAGCAGGCUAUUGACGCCGCGAGAGACGCCGCCGAUAAGGCUCUCGCGGCGAGUGCUGCGGGGAGACCGGGACAAGGGUUGAGUGGCAUGUUCAAUCCACGGACGCUGUAUCCUCGAUUACUGUCCAGCUUGAGGAUCCUCUUGCCGACGAGUAUCUUCGCAUUGAAGUUUUUGGAGUGGUGGCACGCCAGCGAUUUCUCGAGACAGUUGAGCAGAAAAGCCGCCGAAGGGUUGGAAUUGCCGCCGCCGGUGGUCUCUGGGAUGGAACUCGCCCGAAAGCCUAUGCCGGAGCCACAAGGCGUUUUGCGAACCUUGACGACAAAGAACACGACAGACAAACGAACGCCGCCGGUCUCGAGUAUCACAUUCCUCCCCAUCUUCACGGUCCCGCCGCCCCCGACGAGCGACCUGUGUCCGAUCUGUCUACACCCGAUCUCGACAGCCGCGGCGUGCCAGACCGGGUAUGUUUUUGAUUACAAGUGCAUCUUCCAGUGGAUUGAGGGCACGCACGAGCGACAGGAGGCGUUUAUGAAGGGCGAGAAAAUGAGCGAAUGGGAAGAUGACGACGAGGAGGAAGAGGACGACGACAAACACGGACAGGCCGGGGAUGCGUCGACGAAAAAAGCACACAAGAGCCGUGAGGGCAGUUGGGAAAGCGGGAAGGGAAGGUGUGCGGUGACCGGCCGACGGGUCCUCGGCGGCACCAGCGGGCUGCGCAGAGUCAUGGUUUGA